UUUGUCACAGUUAGGUUUGACCACGUCGAAACCUAGAAAACCUACCAAAACAAUCGCCCUCACCCCCUAGCAGCCCGUAAUGUCACGAGUGCAGUCCUCACCCCGUCCAGCCGACGGAGGCGCCGGUAUGUCGUGGCGUCGUUGUUUACUCCACUUCUUUCAUUUUCAUUCCGGCAUUAUGCUGGUGCAGUCGUGCCUCCUACUUAUUGCGUUUUUGGGGAUUCAAAGGGGAUUGUGCCUCAAGUGCUACACCUGUCUUUCUAAUGAGCCUCGCGAUGCUUGCGCUAAGUUCGACAAGAGCAAAGUGCCUCUGAAGACCUGCGAUAGGAAGGAGUUGGAACGAACGGAAGCCAUGGCUAAGGAAAUGCACCCCAAGAUUGGCAAGCUUUUUGAAGUGGAUGCUGCCGUCGAGCCUUUAUUGCCUCUUAAUUGUCUUAAACAGGAGAGCAAAUACGGAAACAAGCACUAUGUCCUUCGAGGAUGUCAGCUUGCUACCAGUAACGAUCUCGAUAUCUGCGUCAAAGUGAAAAAGGACAAUACUGAACAUUUCCAAACGAAUUACUGUUCCCUUUGUAACGGCGAUGGUUGCAACGGUGCUCCUACCAAAAGCACUUCCCACAUUAUUUUUGUGUUUGUUGUUACUUUUUUAAUCUACUUUUAAAAUAAAUACGCUAAUUUAGGUUUGGAUUUAGAUGUUUAGGUAUGUGUACAUAUGUGAUUUUUUGUUUUUAUUGCAAUAAAUUUAUUAAGACUAA